CUGACGGCAUGGACACGCAUGAGUGCAAGCCGCAGCAGCAGCAGUUCAGCGUGGUGGCCCUCUUGCACAGGCGACUGAUGCACACUACAAGCUGUGUGUGCGUGUAGUGUGAGCCAGAGUCAUCGCGUAUGUGUGUAUGCUUGUGUGUGUGCGUGUGUGUGUGUGGGUGUGUGCGGAGAGAGAGAGAGAGACAUAGACUAAGCCCCUAACACGGAGCAUGCUUCUGCGUCCGGCAGCCGGCAAACAUGAGCCACCCAGCCCUCCACGGCAGGACCAGCAGCAGCAACAGCACACACACACACACACACUUACACACCCUUACACACACGCAGCAAACGGCAGCCAGGGGGCCAGCACUGACAGCGGCAGCUCCCGGGAAGAGGACAGCGUCGUUCCUGUUCCUGUCGGUGUUCCGGCUUUCCGUCCCGGUGCACAGCGGAGCCACAGUGCAAGAGCACCCAUGGAGGAGCCGACAGGCAACACCGUGGUCAUCCGCAUUGGUAUCCCAGACCUACAACAGACGAAAUGUUUGAAAUUCAAUGUGGAUGCUCCUAUCUGGCUGUCCAAGCAGCGGAUCCUAUGUACUCUUAACCAGAGCCUGAAGGAUGUACUCAACUAUGGCCUAUUCCAGCCGGCUUACAAUGGCAAGGCUGGCAAAUUUCUGGAUGAGGAGAGACAGCUAAGGGAAUACCCAUUCCCAUCCAUUGCUCCUGUACCUUACCUUGAGUUCCGCUAUAAAAGACGUGUCUACACACAAACUCACCUGGAUGAAAAGCAGCUGUCUAAGCUCCACACAAAGGCAAACCUGAAGAAGUUUAUGGAGUAUGUGCAGCAGAGAAACAUUGAAAAGGUCUCAAGGUUCUUGGAAAAAGGCCUGGACCCCAACUUCCAUGAUCCAGACACGGGAGAAUGUCCUUUAACGCUGGCAGCACAGCUGGAGGGAUGUGCAGAGCUCAUCAAGGUGCUGAAGAGUGGAGGGGCACAUCUGGACUUCAGAACAAAAGAUGGCAUUACUGCCCUACACAAGGCUGUGCGCAGCAAGAACCAUACAGCGCUUAUAACAUUGUUGGACUUGGGUGCAUCACCUGACUAUAAAGACAGUAGGGGGUUGACUCCACUCUACCACAGCUCAAUGGUAGGAGGAGACCCCUACUGCUGUGAGCUGCUGCUGCAUGAUCAUGCACAGGUCGGCUGUGUGGAUGAGAAUGGCUGGCAGGAAAUACACCAGGCCUGCCGCUAUGGCCACGUGCAACAUCUGGAACAUCUGCUGUUCUACGGAGCUGACAUGAGCGCCCAGAAUGCAUCCGGAAACACCGCCCUGCAUGUGUGUGCUCUCUACAACCAGGAUAGCUGUGCACGAGUUCUCCUGUUCCGGGGGGCCAAUAAAGAGAUAAAGAACUACAACAGCCAGACCGCCUUUCAGGUGGCUAUUAUCGCAGGAAACUUUGAUCUGGCUGAAAUCAUAAAGGUCCACAAAACAUCAGAUGUUGUGCCUUUCAGGGAGACCCCCUCUUACACCAACCGUCGACGUGUGAUGCCUGGUCCCUUGCCCUCGCCACGAUCAUUGCUCCGCUCUGCGAGUGACAACAAUCUGAACGGGGACCAUGAUCACAUCCACAGUCAGGCCCCCCGAGAAAUUCGCGGCCGUCAGGGUCACUCUCCUGUCCCCUCACUGCGCAGUCUACCAGCUCUUGGGCAGCAACACAGCAGCCUUGGAGAGAGCCGUCACGGUGAGAUCCCUGACAGCAGUCUCCAGAGUACCGGCAGCUCCAGAUCCUCUCAUUCCCGCUCGCCUUCACUACAUCACAUGCAUGAUGACGACAAGCCGAUUCCCAGGAGGUCCCACAGCCAUGGCUACCCCCAUGGACACGGCCCUCGUGGAAGACUCAGCCCCGGCUCAGUGCAGCGAGACCCAAGCCCCCCUCAUCACACCCCUCCAGCGCUGACGGGCCCCCGCGGGCCCAAACGGAAACUGUAUAGUGCUGUCCCAGGACGUACCUUCAUCGUGGUCAAGCCCUACACACCACAAGGGGAGGGAGAGAUCCAACUCAACCGUGGAGAGAGGGUCAAAGUGCUGAGUAUAGGAGAAGGAGGUUUCUGGGAAGGUACCGUCAAAGGGAGGACAGGCUGGUUCCCAGCAGACUGUGUGGAAGAAGUUCAGAUGAGGCAGUUUGACCCACGGCUAGAGACUCGGGAGGACCGCACUAAGAGACUGUUCAGACACUACACUGUGGGAUCCUACGACAACUUCACCUCAUACAGUGACUAUAUCAUAGAGGAGAAGAAUGCUGUUUUACAGAAGAAAGAAAAUGAGGGGUUUGGCUUUGUCCUGCGGGGAGCCAAAGCUGAGACGCCCAUUGAAGAGUUCACCCCGACCCCAGCCUUCCCUGCCCUGCAGUACCUGGAGUCUGUGGAUGUGGAGGGAGUGGCCUGGAGGGCUGGUCUGAGGACAGGAGAUUUCCUUAUAGAGGUGAACGGAGUGAAUGUAGUGAAGGUGGGCCAUAAGCAGGUGGUGUCCUUGAUCCGGCAAGGGGGCAACAGGCUGCUGAUGAAGGUGGUGUCUGUCACACGCAAACCUGAGUCUGAGGAAGUUGUUCGUAAGAAAGCUCCCCCACCACCCAAGAGAGCUCCAAGCACCACGCUGACACUGCGCUCAAAGUCCAUGACCGCUGAGCUUGAAGAACUGGCUUCUGCUCGGAGGAGAAGAGGAGAGAGGCUAGAUGAGAUGUUGGCAUCCCAGGAGUCUAUGUUGCGUUCUCAGCCCUCGGAGGCAGAUUACAGGGCAGCCACUGUCAAACAACGGCCUACCAGCAGGAGAAUAACACCAGCAGAGAUCAGUUCACUGUUUGAGAGACAAGGGAUGACUCUACAUGGAGGUCUUCACCCAGGCAUUGAGAGAGGUCACAUACCACUACCAAAGGGGAUGUCCAGGACCAAGUCUUUUGGUGCCACUGAGGAGGAUCGGCUGUCUGCCCUCGCAGGCGAGCACCGAUUUCCCCGUAGUUCCUCUAUGACAGACAGCCUCAGAGACCACUCACAGACCCAUCCUAUCCCCCCACCUCCACAAACCGCACCUCCUCCCCCUCCUUACUAUCUAGAUACUGGUCCUCCCCCAGCCUUUUGCCCUCCUCCGCCCCCAUCCAGGACCCAGAGUCAGGGCCAUGAGCCUGGAGGACGCUCCAGCUUCAAGCCCUCCUCCCUGGACCUGCCUUACGAGGCUGCUCAGCGGCAGGCCACGCACAUCGAGAGACAGAAGAAAGCCCGCUCCAUGAUCAUCCUCCAGGACUCUUCCCAUCUACCUGUAGAACCUACAGAAAUUCCCCGACCUUCUGCUGCUACUCCACCUGAGCGAAUCAAAAGGAAGGGUCGAGUUAUUGACAACCCUUAUGCUAAUGUGGGUCAAUUUAGCAUUGGACUGUACACACCCACCAAGCCCCAGAGGAAGAAAAGUCCCCUGGUGAAACAACUACAGGUGGAAGAUGCACAAGAAAAAGCUAGUUUGGCCUUAGCUGCUGCCCACUCGCGAGAAAGUUCACCCUCAGGACGACACCCACAUACCCAUGGGCACACACACACCAGCCGUGCAGACUACUACCAGCAGCAGCUGAUGGCUGAGCGAGAGCGUAUGCGUGCCCAGGGAGAGAUGAUGCUUCAGGGUAAGGGACCCUUUGCUGCUGCAAUCGCUGGAGCAGUGAAAGACCGUGAGCGACGGCUAGAAGAACGGAGGAAAUCCACAGUCUUCCUUUCUGUUGGGACCAUGGAGGGGGCGUCUACCACCAGCUCUGAGGCCCCCUCUCUGACUCAGUCUCACUCCAUCGAUGAACGGAUGCUCACCCGAGAGCUGGGACAGCUGCCUCCCCCUGCCUUGGCCCUGAGCCCCUCGCCUAGCGGGACCACUUUCAUCCAUCCGCUCACAGGAAAGCCCCUGGAUCCCAACUCACCACUGGCUCUUGCGCUGGCCGCAAGGGAGAGGGCACUGACCUCCCAGAGCCAGUCCCCAACUAGCAGCCCAGAGCCUAGGACUAAACAGGAACGGGCAGGCCAGGGCAUAAUAUUCAUUGACACUCAGACCAAAGAGUCUCCACAUGAAGGGGCACCCACAUCUCCCCCCUUUUCACCUAAGAGCGCCAAGGCACCAGGGUAUGGAGUUGGAUCAUCCCCGGCAUCAAUUUUAGUUCCCCAGCCCACCAAACCACAGUGGGCCACAUCACCAUCACCUGUAUCAUUUCGACAGGAGAUGGAUGCCAGAGUAGAGGAGAGGAAGGAGGAGAAGAGACUAGAGGAUAAAAAAAGUAUGUUGAUCAGUAUUAUGGAUACAUCACAGCAGAAGACAGCAGGGCUAAUCAUGGUCCAUGCUACCAGUAAUGGCCAGGCUGUUGGGGUAGGUUCAGAACUAGAACAGACCCCUGCCCCAGCGUCCAUGGAGCCCAGCAAAUCUCCAAGUCCACGAGCUAAAUCCCCCAGUCCCACCGUUUCCCAGCCCCAGCCCCAGCUCCAGGCCCAGCCUCAAACUCAGCGUCCUGCCAGUCCAGCCCAGGAGAAGAGUCUGGCUCAGGGAAGCUCCGAGGAGGAUGUGGAUCCAUACACAGUGACCCUGCCCCCUGUAAUGUUGUCCUCCAGUGACGAGGAAACAAGAGAGGAGCUACGAAAGAUUGGAGUCGUUCCACCACCAGAUGAGUUUGCGAAUGGGCUGCUGGCACAGGCACAGGAGACGCCAGUGUCCCCAACUAAACCUGCCACCUCUUCCACAGCCCCUACAACAACAACACCACAAACUCCCUCGACCCCAACAACCCCUAUUGUGACCCCCACCCAGCCUCAGCCUCCCCAGCCCCCACCUCCAGCCAGUGCAGCAGCUGUCUCAGGGAAGCCCUCUGACCCUCUGGAGCCCCCACCGGUGGGUGAGUCUGGCUCUGCAGCUGACUCAGGCGUGGAGGAGGCUGACACACGCAGCUCCAGUGAGAGAGAGCGAGACCACCAUCUCGAGACCACCAGCACCGUCUCCACGGUUUCCAGCAUGUCCACAUUGUCCUCAGAAAGCGGCGAGCCUGCCGACACACACACCACGCACACCUCCUAUGCCGACGGGCAGACUUUUGUGCUCGACAAGCCGCCAGUGCCUCCUAAGCCCCGACUCAAGUCCCAGAUAGGAGGCAGUAAAGGCCCUGUCACCUUCAGGGACCCUCUGCUGAAGCAGAGCUCUGACAGCGAGCUGCUAUCACAGCAACAGGCUGCUGCCCUGGCUGCUGCUGCGGCUGGAGGAGCUGGGCUCCCCUCAGGUGGUUCAGCCUCAGUGACUGGACUAGCUCCCACCAAGCCGCGCUACCUCUUCCAGCGUAGGUCCAAGCUGUGGGGGGACCCAGUGGAGCCCCGUGGGCCAGGAGUGGGGCUAGGUAUUGGGAGUUUGGGCAAUCUUGGUGGGCUGGGACUGGGGCUGGGUGCAGAUGAGGGAGCAAAACCAUCUGUUAUGGGGGAGCUCAGUUCACGACUACAGCAGCUAAAUAAAGACACUAGGUCACUGGGAGAGGAACCACUGGGGGCAUCACUUGACCCAGGGAGGAAAUCACCUGUGGCAGGUGCCAGACUUUUCAGCAGCCUAGGCGAGCUCCACACCAUUUCUCAGAGAAGCUAUGGCACCACAUACACCAUCCGCCCUGGCAGCCGUUACCCCGUCACCCGACGCACCCCCAGCCCAGGUUCAGGCUCACCUGAUCGGGGCGACCCUCUUGGACGAUUCUCAGGCUUCGGCCUACCGCCCUCACCGACUACACCGCCACAAACCAUCCUAAAAUCCUCUAGCCUCAGCCUACCCCAGGAGCCUAAAGAGGUCCGCUUUGUAAUGAGGAGCUCCAGCGCCCGUUCCCGCUCUCGCUCCCCUUCCCCAUCACCCUCCCAUUCCCCUGGCCUGGGGUCACCACUUUUAGCCCUGCGGCCCUUCCACCAAAAACCCCUCCACCUCUGGAACAAGUACGACGUUGGAGACUGGCUGGAGAGCAUCAAUCUGGGGGAGCACAGAGCAGGGUUUCAGGAACAUGAGAUUGAAGGCUCUCACCUCCCAGCUCUAACCAAGGAUGACUUUGCAGAACUGGGAGUGACACGAGUCGGACAUCGCAUGAACAUUGAACGAGCACUAAAACAGCUGCUAGAGAGCUGACCCCUGCCCUGAGACACAGCAACAGUUAGAGAGAAAGAUGAGGAUAGAACGGGGAAGAUGCAAAGUUGAUGAAAAAUGAAGAGAAAAUAUAGGAGCCACUCCUCUUUUACUCUGGCUGCUUUUAUGUUCUGCAUCACAAAUGUUUACUUGUCGUCCUCAGCGACACUUUACGUUACCAUUCUGCAUCAAUACCCUGCACUUGGCACUGCACUGAAGAGGAGGACACAAUACAUUUGUCCCCCUCUACUAGGCCCUUAGUGUCUGCCCACCUCCUUGCCUGCAGCCAAUUAGAUCAGACUUCAAAAUGGGCUCUGGUUUGUCUUUGCCGAGGAGAAUCGCAUGAGCUCCAAUUAAAACAUCUGAUUUGGGAAAACAGUUGUUCCCUUAGUAACACCCACACUUUCUCUCUCACUUUUCCCCUCCUUUCCUCUCUACCUCUAUCCCUUCAUCUUUUAGGCCUCUGAAAGCCUUUUGUAGUUUGAGUAAAGGAGGAGGAGGAAGAAUUUUUGUUCCAAACAGAAAGCUCAGUUGCCUUUCAAAAUAUUUAUACAGAGAUCAACAAUGACAAACACAGGACUAUGGACAUAGUGCUGACACAGCUCUGAUAAGGUGCGUCUUCUCUAUACCUGCUGUUGUUUUUAAACCGAAGACUUUAGAGCCCAGAGGUGGAGCUCCACAAAGUAAACCACGGGAGAAAACCCCUCCGCCUUGGUACCCAGACUGUGCUAUCUAUUAUAUUUGGAGAAUGUUUAACCAACACUCGUGGCUUUUUUCAUAAUCAAUUUUUUGGUUUUCCAAAGGGAAUAUUAUAUAUAGGUAUUAUAUAAUAUGAUAUAUAUGUAUCUAAAUAUAGCUUUCAGAAGAAAAGACAAUGUUGCAAAGAGGAAAUGUAAUAAUUUGCGCCUGUUUUUGGUUUUUAGUAUAGAAGGCAGAGAGAAAUCUUUAUUCCACCAAUAGUUUACUCAUUUCUACCAAUUAUAUACAUAAAUAUACAUAUAUAUAUAUAUAUAUUUGAAAGAAAAAAGUAUAUAGAUAUGGAAAUGAAAUUUUUGUCAUAGGUAUACAACUUUCCUUAUGGUCACCCUUUUCUUGAACCGUAGCAUGACGAGUUGCAUCAUGGUCUUGAACAGAGAGUUUGUUGUUUGUUUUUAUUUUCUUACGGUCUUCCUUCAUACUAAAGGGCAUCCCGUAAUGUGAGGCUGAGACCCCAGUUGACACCCAUCCCUACUGCUUCAGCUACAGAUCUUACCAACGUUGCUCCGUCUCUGAUUUAUCCACCUUAUGAGACAGCUAGUCGGUAAAAGGGGCUCUUCAUCUUAUGCCUGUUACUCAGGGAUGGAAGUUUGGGGCACUAGCAUGGAGAGGUUGUUGGCUGUUGUUUUAAUACUAUCCAUUUAAAUUCUUACCUGUAAGGACACUUUAAUACCACCACAGUCUGAAAAAUGUAAGAGGGCUAGUAAAAAUUUCCAUCCCUGCAACCCCUGAGGAUGCUUCUCAGACUGGGCCGCACAAGGUCGAAAGAAGGUCAGGAAAAGGAAACAUUGGGGUGCUUCUCAUUACCAGUAGAGAGGAAAUGACCAUGGAAGUGCCGUGCAACAGAAAUCUUUUAAGAUUUAAUUUUUCCUACAGGAGGAAACCACUGUUAAGUUCCAAGUCUGUUAACCUGGCCAAAUUUACCUGGAAUAUAACCAACAAAAACUUGUCAAACAAGGGCUUAAAUGAGUUAAACAUAAAGUAUGUGCCCUUCUGAAGUGGCACUGCAGGGAACGUGUCUGUAGUUUAUCAGGCUGUGGGGAUGGGAAAGCCUCUGUAAGGUCUUAAAGAAAAUUCAGUAUUUUACAACCUGGCAACGUCUUGCAACAUCAACUGCUUCCCUGUAUCUCUACAAUUUACUUAGUGAGUAAAAUAAUAUCAUAAACGGUGGCAGCCAGAACUCUGAAAAUAAGACCCAGGUUGUAAAAAAUAAAUGAAUAAAUAAAAAUAACUGAAUUUUUCUUUAACAAUAUAAAAAUCUAUAAUUGUACUCAUGAGUAGCUUCUGCUGGCAGUGAGAAACAGUGAGUUUUAUUCACGCAACAAAAAAAAAAGCAUUUUAUCCAUAGCUUUUCUCUGACAGUUGAGGUAAUCUCUAUUACCACAAAAAAAGACACCUCCAUACAUCAGCAGCAUCCAGUCAGUAUGCCAAGUCAGUUUCACUUGGCGAGAAGUUGUGUACAUCUUUUUUUCUUUUCUUCUUUGCUAGCAGUUUGUAAAAGCGGGUGGCAAAUAUAACAUUGUAUCUGGGUUGUAGGAAUAGCACUCACUGCCUCACUGUGACCUCACUGAUUAUUUUACUUCUGACUCUGUCCUCAAACUCAUUUGGACUUUUUGUGUUAAUGGUUAUUUUUUUAAUUCUUUUAUUUUUUCCUCUUUUGUUGUUGAUUUGUUACCCUCGGACACUGUGGGUAGAUUUUGUAGCGUGUGAAACAUGAUACUUAAAUCUUUCACUCAUUUGAAUUUUAGAGUGACAGAAAAAAAAAACUAAUAUCCUGUCCAUUCUAAACGUACUUACACUUGUAAAAACGAACAAACUACAAAUAUUUGCUUUUUUUAAAAAUCACAAGCAAUGUAUAUAUGAUAGAUUUCAUAUAAAUUUUUGAAAAACACAAAGUAUAUAGAUCUAUAUAUGAAUGUUUGGCAUAUAUGCAUAGUUAACCACCUGUGGAAAAGGUGAGCAGAUUUUAUUCUUUCUAUGAACUCUUGAACUUUUGAACUCUGAACUAUGAACUAGGGGAUGAUUUGCACAAAACAAGGUGACAAGGUGCUAACAUAAAAGCCACCCAUUGUUCAAGCGCAUGCGUGCAUCUGGAUUCCCUGAAUCUCUCUGUGUGGUCGUUCCUCUUCAGCGUGUGUUUACAGCUGUGUGUGUAUGUGUGCAAAUGCUUGUUUGUUUCCAUUUUGUGUGUGUUUGUGAGAGAGAGACGAUGAGAAUGCACACAUGACCGUGAGAGAGCGUAUGGUUGAUCGAUAGGGUUUACAUCAUUGGAGCUAGUCCACUAUAGCCUUACUGUAUUACCAUCAGAGAUUCCCGGCAGUGGCUGUGUCACAAACACACACACAAUACAUUCACACACAAACAGAAAAAUGCACACAUACAUUUUCAUUUCCAGAAUGAACUUGUUUUGCAUUCUCGUCUCGUACUGACGUCUUCAAAAAGUGGACUGCCCAAGAGGGAGGGAGAGAAAGAGAGAUAACCAUGGGAUACUGAAUGAAACCAUUGUAACAUUUUAUACUGCAAGACAACUAUAACUCACCUUGUAACUGUGUAGGCACAGCUUACACAGUGUCACUGUUUUGUACACCCAUUCCCAGAUGACAUUUGCGCUCUUUACCCUCCACUCUGUCUGGCAGCACUCCUUUUUCCUUUUUCAGACCUUCAGUUUCUGAGUUUUGGAUAUGCUAUAUGAGGUGAUCCAGUGAGGAACAAACAACACAAAGGAAAAAUGUGCCAAAAAAUAACUUAACUUUUAACUGUAUAUUUGUCUUUGCUUUAGGACUAUCUUAGUUACAGCAUUCUUGAGCUGUUAGACUCAAUAAUAUGGUGCCAUCUCCUGGAAAUCUUGAGAACUACGGACAUUUGUUAGAUCCUACAGUAUUUCCUGCAGGUGGAAAUACAGUCAUUGUUAUUAUUUUGUAAAGAAUCAGGCUAUAAAUAUGUAUAUAUGUAUAUGUAUAUAUACAUAUAUAUAGCCUGUGUAUAUCUACCUGUGAGCUUUGCAUCAACAUUUCUAUUUAAAUUUUGAGACAAAGUAUCACAAUUGCUUGAUUUUACUGUGAUGAAGGUUAUUAUCCAGCUUGGCUUACUGUUCCCCUAUAAAUACAAAUAACGAAUGAAACACAAACAAUGUGUACAGUCUGGACUCACACAGGCUGGCCUGGUUAGAAGAAACAAUGCUGUAGUGAAUACCUGGUUGGAUUGUUGUGUAAGUUUACCACAAAUACAGAUGCAAAAUGAACAACGUGUAACAGACUUACACAUCAUUAGGUCAAAUAAGUUCAGUGAAGGGUUAUCUUUGUCUUAUUUUCUAAUCAACAAAGCACAAUCUACAUAGCGUAGGGGGAGCAGUGUAACCUUUUUAAAAAUCCACUGGGUUCCGGUCACCCACUGGAACCAGUGAUCUUAUCAUGAAAGGGGUUUUUCUUUCAUUGUUGGUUUUCUCCUUGUUUGCACUGUGAAGUUUAGAAUGGUGGAUGUAUCACUGCAACGCCUCAGCCUUGUCUCACAGGUGAACUUCCCCUUCUCAGCAUCUGAUGACCAGGAAAAUCAUCUGCAACUUCUCCCACCGACCUCUGGACGCUUAUAGCAGUACAACCCCUCCUUCAUUUUAAUAAAUGAAAGCCCACGUUGAAACACAAGUAAACCAGAAGCUACCUAGUAUUCCUCAUGCAGCAGAGUAAGGGUGAUAGUGAAGGUUGAGGCAAGAUCUGAGAUGUUGCCCAGGAUAUCUCCACCACAGAGAUAUAUGUUUGUUAUAUUAUGUAAUAAAUUUAUAAUUAAAACAUGAA